CGGAAAUCGACCGUCCCGAACUGUUUUGACUUCGUACAACAUUUGCAGAAGAAGACAGAAAAUAUAAAUAAAAAAGUCGACACAUCUAGCCGUCAUUAGGUCCUACAAAGAGCUGUUUGAGCUCAGGAGGCAGCAGCACCGUCAGCAUGGACUCCUGGGUUCGCUUUAACGCUCAGAGUCAAGCCAAGGAGAGACUAAUUCGGGCUGCUCAGUAUGCCUGCAUGCUGCUGGGCCACACGCUGCAGAAGACCAGGGCUGCAUCAGAGCUCCACAGGACUGUCAGCGACCUGGAAGCUCACAUGAGCCUGACAAGGAAGUUGCUGCGGUUGGGGAACUCUGUGGAAGCUCUGCAGGCUGCCAAGCGGACCAUCCACCUCUCUGACAGUGUGUUGAGGCUCUGCCUGACCAUCAGCCACCUGAACAGAGCCAUGUACUUCACCUGUGACAACGUGCUGUGGGCUGGGAAAACGGGCCUCCUGUCCAAACUGGAUCAACAAAAAUGGAGUCAGAGGUCUUUCAGGUACUACCUUUUCGCUUUGAUCCUCAACCUGACUCGAGACGUCUACGAGCUCUGCCUUCUCCUGGACGCCGAGGCUCGCCACAGAAGCACCAAGUCUCCUCCCCCUCCCUGUGACAGCAGCACCCUCCCUGCCGACCACCUCUCCACAUCCUCCUCUUCAUCCGCCCUUCCCACCGCCGUGGCUCCGCCCCUCGCCUGCCUGCGCAGGCGUCUCCAUCAGGCGCUGACGGUCCUGCACAACAACCCGCCGCUCCUGCUGGACCUGCUGAAGAACGCCUGCGAUAUUUUCAUCCCGCUCGACAGGCUGGGGAUUUACCGGACCGGGCCGGGCUUCGUCGGGACUUGCGGCCUAGCCUCCUCUGUCCUCUCCAUCCUCACCGUAGUCCAGCCGUGGCUCAAACUGAAGCCGUAAAGCCGGUCAGGAGCGUUCAAAGAAUCUGUAGGCGAACUGUACUGACGUCAUACUGCUAAUGAUUGUAACAUCCCACAGCAAGCAACUAAUGUGGAGGACUGCUUUCUGUCAAACGACUCAUUUUCCUGCACUAACCAGAGGCCAGAUGUAAAAUAAAUGUGAAAUUUUAUGACCAAAACUGUGUGCACAUAAAGACAGAAGUGUUCUUUUUGUUAUCUUUGAUCAUCUUAAUCAUUAUAACCUGUACUUUUUUAACAACCAAAGCCAUUUAGUGUUUAGAGGUAGAAAAGUUCUGUAAAUUCUUUAGAAAGAAAUCUUCAAUUGUCAGUUUUCCAACAGUGCCAGAGCAAACGCUCACUUAAGAUUUUAUUUAAUGAAAAACAGAAAGAAAAACAUCCUUUUCUAUUAAAAUCUUUGUUUUAUCAACAUAUCAGAUUAAAAGUUUGCAUCAGUUUCAAUAAUACCUGCAUCUGUUACAGGAGAAGAUGUGCAGGUGCAGAAAUAAAGUGCUGUUCAAUGAAGAAAA